UUUUAUAUUUAACUAGGUUACGUUUUUUAUUAAAAGAAUUUCAAAGGAAAGCAAAAGGGAAAAUAUUUGUAUUAUAAUAUAAGAAAACAUGUCUGUAAUUUGUAUAAUAUGCCAUCAAAAAUUUGAAGAGAUAAUAACGAAUUCCUUUUUUAAUCCAGUCUACGAAGGGCUUAGUAUAUCUAGUAUAUUAAACUCUGUAUCAACACUACAGAUAGAAGAGAAUAACAAAGAGUCAAGCAAUAUUUGCCAAGAAUGUACAAGCGUAAUUAUAAGUUUCUACAAAUUAAUUAAGUCAUAUAAAAGUAGAGAAGCUGCGUUAAAUGAAGCAUCCAAACAAGAACAUUACUUUUUAGAGGAUCAAGACUAUGAUAAUUAUGUUGAAUGUGAAACAGAAUCUUACAAAGAAAACAGUGAUCACGAUGACAAUCAAAAAACAACACACACGGAAGAUUGGGCGGAAGAUCAAAUUCAGCAAGACCUAGAAUCAAAAUAUCCAAAGAUUAAAGAAGGUUCUCCUGAACCUGAAGAAAAUGUUAAACCAAAAUAUGAUGAAUUUGGCAAUCAGGAAAUAUCUUCUGUAAAAUACACUUGCAAUGAAUGUGGAGAUUCAUUUUUAUAUAAAGUAGGAUUUAGCUCACAUAUGGUUCAAAAACACAGUAUAUACAUCGAAAAUCACAUGUAUCCUCAAUACAGUACACAAAUAACAGUUAAAAUACCUGCUCCUAAGGGCAUUACUUUUGCAAGGAAGUACCAUAAUAAAAAGAAUAUUAGACUACUGACUGAAACGUUUCAAUGCCAAAUAUGUAAAGAGCAUUCGAAGUCAGCUGAUGAAUUAAAAGAACAUUAUAACACGCACAAGACUCAUAUUUGCGAACACUGCGGAGCAGCGUUCUUAAAACAUUCUUACCUAAGGGAACACCUUGUAGCUCAUACCACAGAAAGACGAUAUCCAUGCGAUAUCUGUGGGAAGAAAUUUAAGUAUAGAAACGGAUUAUCUGUUCACAGAAAUAUUCACGUAAACUUCAGGGGUUUUAUGUGUGAAACUUGUGGAAAAGGCUUUAAUGCUAGAAGUACUCUCAAAACACAUAUGAAGUUAAAGCAUACAAACGAAAGAAACUAUCCAUGUCCACAAUGUGAUUUAUCCUUUAAAGUCAAGUCUUGGUUGGAUAAACAUUAUUCAAGGAAACAUACUUUAAAUAGAACUAAAGAUUUCAUAUGUAACGUAUGUGGUAUGGCAUACUUAAAUAAAACAACUUUGACAAGACAUAUGUCAGAAAAGCAUACUGGUACACCUGUAAGACAUUAUUGUACAAUUUGUGAGAAAAGUUAUAGUAUGAAAAACAAAUUAAGUUUACACCAACAGAAAAAACACGGAAUUAUUUUAAAUACCCCAUCCCAAGUUUUAUUAUAACAUAUUUAAUUAGUAAGUUUUAUCUGGACUUAUAAUGUGGCUAAAAUAAAUUGAACCGUGAGAUGUGUAAUAACUUUUAGAGAGUGAAUGCAUAAUGUGCUUCAUUGAUCAAUGUUGCAGCAACUUAAUAAAAAAGUUUAAACUUUGAUAUAAACAUCCAGCCAAAUUUAAAGGAAAGCAGGUAUAUUUUUUGAUAUUUAUUUGUCUUAUUAAGUUCAUUCCUUUAACAUUUUCACUGAGGUUAUAAUAUAGGAAUGUAGACCUGUGAGGAAAUAUUUUUUUAUAUAUUGCUGCUUCGCAAGAACGUAGGCUUAAGGAAAAUUUUGACGUAAUGGACUUAUUAAUGCAGAUAUACUAAAAAUAAAAGUAUCUAUCACGUGAAUAAAGACCUAUUAUGUUAAUAAUAAUAGUCGCUAAGAGAUGGCACCAAGUGUCUGUAUUUGUUUGGCACGAAAGUAGUCAAGUACUUAAGAUUUUCGUAUGAAUACAGUCCGAAGUUAAUUACUCCGCAGACUGUGAAGCAAUUUGUGUGUUUACUUCUCGUCGAGGACGACCAUUCUUAUAUUUACGAUUAGUUUUUGUAAAAAUUUUCUCUAAAAUAAUGACCCUUUUUGGGUUUAGAUCAGUGUUUUAAAGUUGAAGUAAAUGUUUCUCAGGAAAAAAGACCCAAUUCAAAUAGGGUUAACAAAAUGAUAAAAUUUAAAUAUUUUAACACUUCAUAAAUUUAUCUAGUUACGCUUUUUCUCAUGAGGAUCUUUCAGUGCGUCUCAGUUUUUCGAUUUCUUUCUAACGCAUUAAAUUGCAUGUGACAGAAAGAAACGCCCGUUGGUGAUUACAUUUUGUUGGUGACAUUUAUAACAUUUAUUCUAGUUGUCAAUAGAUGUCACUAUAAUCGAAAAAAAAAAUUUACGAAUUAUAUAAUCUAUCUACGAAUAUAAUCUGUACAAUUUAUAAGACUAUACAAAUCAAAGAAAAUACCAUUUUAUAAAUGCAAUCAACAUAAUUGAUUUGUUUUUAGGCCAAAUUCUAAAUAAAAUGUGACAACUGUCAGAUUUAACUAAAAUGUCAUGUCACUAAAAUGUAUAUUAUCACGGACUUACCUUUUCUUCUAUCAUUUGUGACGCACUGAAAAAUGCUCAUGAAAAGAAGCAUGUCACAGUGUAUAUUUAGAUAUAUUUCUAACAAAAUUGUAUAGGUAAUUCUUUUAAAGUAAUGACUUAUUCGGAGUUAUGCCCAUAAUCAUAUCUAUAAAAUUUUAAAAUGCCUCUCUAAAAUCGUCUUUUUUGACUUGAGCCUACAUUCUUGCGAAGAGGCGAUAUAUUCAAAUAUGAUUGAUGAAUUAUGUGAAGGAAAUCGGUUGAAAAUCUGCUGCUGAUAAUCACUUUACUUACUUUUUGUUAGACGCGAAUUCGCAUCCUCUACACAUUUUUGGAAACUUUGUAUAAACUACGGAAAGCACGAAUCCACGUCCCAAUAACAAUUAAUAAAAACUAAUUAUGCUUCACCGAAAUUAUUUUGUGGCUCAGAAAAUAUUUUGUCAUAUAUAAAAAAUAAUACUAAAAAAAAUAUGCAAAUUUAUUUUUUUAUUAGAAAAGGUUACAAAAAAAAACAGAAAUUUAUAUCAUAUGAUAUAAAAAAAGUAAGUAAUAAGUAAAAUUACGAAAAUUAAAAUUUUCUUUAUGAUACUCAACAAAACAUGCACCCAUACGGGGUGGUCUGGACAAGAAAGGCAGUGAAACAAAGUGUCUUUUCUUUGAGAUCAUUUAUUUACGAAAAUAGACAACGGACGGUUCCCCUUGAUAAAAUAGACCUUUCUGCAUGUGCGAAGUUAGUUUUGUGCCAUUCUAAAAACUGCAGAACAUAUAGUUUAUAUUUGAAGUUACGUUUACAUAGGACGCGAUAUCGCGCUUUCCGCAGUGAAAGGGUUAAUACAUGUUAUGUUCUUUUAAGGCUGUCUAAAUACAAAAAAUAAAAAUGGUGACUUUUUAACCACUUAAUGCAUUAUCCUGUGUCUGACAGGUAAAGUCUUGCUGGAAAAUUCAGGACUUACCUGUGUCAGUUGCUAGUACAGAGCUAUUCAAAUGUUCUAUGGCUGUUUUUGACUGUUCAUAACGAAUUUAUUUUUAAUUCUACUUUAGUCUAUUUUCGUUUCUGUCAGGUAAUAGGUGGUUCUUGUGUUAUAUUUGCAGUGUUUACAGUUCAUAUUACAGAACAAAAUAUUUUUGAACUAAAUUUUACAACUUUACCAUCAGAAAUACAUGGUAAGCUAAUAUAAUAUAUACAGUGCGGUGGAAUAAGUGUUGCCCCCCUGUUAACUUGUUUAUUUUAAGAAUAUAAGCAAAACGCUUGGAGAGGUCGAUUUUUAAACUAAUCAUAGUAUAUCAUAGCAUCAACGUUUCGAACUUUACGCGAUCCCUCUUCAGGUGACAGGCAUAACUUUGAUUUUUUUAAAUGGUAAAGUACAUCAUGUGACACCUCAUUUAACAGCUUUUAAAAUACUGAUUUCAAAAAUGUAUAAUACUUUAAUCCUUUUUGAGAUCUCAGGCCCAAAAUUUUGGUGGAACUCUUUUUAAACGCAUUUAUUUUUUUCGAAUUCUGAGAAAACUAAUAAGUAUUUUUGAAAAAUUUAAACGCAGAAUGAAAGAUUAGAUUAUUAUCGAGGGCUGACAGUCCCUUAGAAUAAACAAAAUGUUUCUUUUGAAUGAUAUAUUUGAAAUUAAAGAUCACACUAAAUUUUCUCUUUUUUCCACCACUGUGACUUAUUAAAAUAAACAUUAUAGGAGUUCUCGGGGACUUUGGACCAUCGAGAAUAAUGUAAUAUUUCAUUCUGCGUUUAAAUUUUUCAAAAAUAUUUAUUAGUUUUUUCAGGAUUCGAAAAAAAUGAUUGCAUUUAGAAAGAAUUCGACCGAAAUUUUGCGCCUACGCUCUCAAACAGGAUUAAAGUAUUAUACAUUUUUGAACUCAGUAUUUUAAGAGCUUUUAAGUGAGGUGUCACAUGAUGUACUUUCCCAUUUAAAAAAAUCAAAGUUAUGGCUGUCACCUGAAGAGGGAUCGCGUAAAAUUCAAAACGUUGAUGCUAUAAUAUACUAUGGUUAGUUUAAAAAUCGACCUGUCCGAGCAUUUUGCUUAUAUUCUUAAAAUAAACAAGUUAACAGGGGGGGGGGCAACACUUAUUCCACCGCACUGUAUAUAUCGCCAAAUUGUUGGAAUUAUACAGUGCUAGUCAAAAGUCCGUACCCCCCUCGUAUCUUUUGAACGGUUAUACUUAUAAUAGUGAAAUUUGGAGGGAGGAAAUAAACGGAUGUAGGCUUCUUAACUAGUCAUGACAGGUGACGUAAUAGUGACAGAUGACUUUACAGCGCCACUGUGACAGAAAUUUUUAAAUGGUACCUUAUGGCAAGUGAUACCUCGUUUGAAAGAUAUUCAAAAUACCUAUUCAGUCAUACUCAUUUUUUUGGAUAUAAAUUAAUUUUGAUUUUGGUGAAUAAAUGAAAUAAAUACAAAAUUGUAGUUUCGCAUUUAAUUAAUAAAAAUUCAAAUGUCCGCCUAUGGUUUUUUUGUCAAAAAAGUUCACGUUUUUCAGUUCUCUAAUAGUUUUUACGUCAACGGCAACCCUUUUGACAAGUAAUCAUAGGCGGAGGUUUGAAUUUUUAUUAAUUAAAUGCGAAACUACAAUUUUGUUAUAUUUCAUUUAUUCAUCAAAAUUAGCUUAAACUCAAACAAAAUUAGCAUGACUGAAUAGGCAUUUUCAAUACCUUUCAAACGAGGUACCACUUGCCAUAAGGUCCCAUUUAAAAUUAUCUGUCAUGGUGGCGCUGCAACGUCAUCUGUCACUAUUACGUCACCUGUCAUGACUAGUUAAGACGCCUACAUCCGUUUAUUUCCUCCCUCCAAAUUUCACUAUUAUAAGUAUAACCGUUCAAAAGAUACGAGGGGGGGUACGGACUUUUGACUAGCACUGUAUAUUUAUUUUAGUAAAACGGCUUUAGAAUGAAUAACAGUGAUAUCAUCAUCAUCAUCAUCAACCCGUACGCGUCCACUGCUGAACAUAGGUCUCCCUCAGCUCUUUCCAUCUUUCUCUGUUUUGUGCGGCUUGCAUCCAGUUGCCGACAAUACGCUUCAGAUCGUCAGUCCAUCUGGUUGGUGGUCGUCCUCUGCUCCGUAGUGCUUCUUCUCGUGGCCUCCACUCGACAAUACGGCUGACAAUCUGGCGACGUGUCUUGCCCAAUUCCACUUGAGCGACGCGAUUCUUUCCGCUGUUUUUGUUCUACGACGUAUUUCUUCGUUUGGGAUUCGGUCCCUCAGGGAGACACCCAACGUCUGGCGCUCCAUAGCCGUCUGAGUUAUGCGAAUCUUGUUCACUACCUUUUUUGUGAGUGUUAAUGUUUCCGCUCCAUAAGUGAGUACAGGCAAUACACACUGGUCAAAGAUUUUAAUUUUCAGGCAUAUGAGUAAGUCCGAUUUAAAUACAUAGCUCAGUUUACCAAACGCUGCCCAGGCUAAUCCUAUGCGACGUGGGAGCUCGCAAGUCUGGUUAUCUCUUCCCAACCGAAUUUCAUGUCCCAAGUACUUAUAAGAUGCAGUCUGCUCAAUAUCCAUUCCAUCAACAACAAUAUUACGAUUUAGCACCAGAUUAGUCAUUAUUUGCGUCUUGUUGAUGUUAAUCUUUAGUCCGACCUCUAAGGAAGCGUGAUAUAACUUGUUCAACAUUAUUAUUGCAUCAUACAUACGAUCGGCUAUAAGGACGAUGUCAUCUGCGAAUCUCAAAUGACUGAGCUUCUCUCCAUUUAUGUUGAUACCAUAUUCGUUCAGAUUUGCCGUCUUAAAACUGUGUUCUAAAAGGGUUGUGAACAGCUUUGGUGAGAUGGUGUCUCCUUGCCGUACUCCUCGCUGUAUACAGAAUUUAUUUGUUUGUUGAUCAGAUAGUCUCACGCUAGCCGUUGCGUUGUGGUAGAUAUAUUUUAUCAUGUGUUAGUGUAGCGAUGGUCUAUUCGGCAUUCUGUCAAUGCUUUUAACAUAUUCUGCUGAUUUAUGGUAUCGAACGCUUUCUCGUAGUCCACGAAUAUCAGUGCCAAUGGUUUGUUGUAUUCCGCAGACUUAGAGAACAGUGAUAUCAAGGUUUCUGAUUUGGAAUAUACUAACAUAGCUGAAAGUGGAUCUGAAGUAAUUGAAAAUACCUAUAGAGCGUUUCACGUUAAGAAUAGAACAUUGCAGAGAUAGCCCCAUGUAUUUCUUAUGAACGAUAGAAGCGCGCCGAUGCCACGCCGUACUGACUAGAAUGAAUCGUAUAUCGGCAGUCGAGUAUCCACCCGUACGUGAGAUGUUUGGCAAUACUGAUCUCCGUAAGCGUAAUGUUCUAUUCUUAACGUGAAACAAAGUACCUAUAGUUAUAUUAGAUCUGUAAAUGGCAGUGAUGAUGAAACCAAUUGGGAAUUCUCAAGAACUUGACAAGUGUCUAUAAGUGUUCCCAAUCCAAUAGCCUAUUGAAGCAGAAACGCAACCCCAUCCACCACGUGUGUUUCUUUUUACUAGGACUACAGGAUGUAAUUUUGCAACACCCGACGAUGCAGAUAUGGUUUUGAAAUAUAUUAUCAAUCAUUUAUUGAUGAUUUUAUAAUAAAUUUAAUCGUUACUGAAAGUAACUGAUUUACUAAACAACAGACAGGGUCAUCAGUAAGAAGUUGUAAACCAAUAACAACUGUGGAAAUGCAUGUGUACCUUGCGAUGAAAAUUAUACUAGGCAUUAUGAAAAAACCAGAAGAAAGGAUGUAUUGGUCAAAAUCAGAGAUGUUUCAGAUGCCUGUCUUUCCCAAACUACUAAGUUAUCGGAUUUGCUAUACUAGGUUAUAUUGAUAUUGUGAUAUUCAUUUUGUGCAACGAAAGAUACAAUCUUGACACCUUAAACUAAAUAAGAUCUGGCCUGUGUUUGACAAUCUGCAUAAAAAGUUGAGUUCUCUUUAUAGGUACUCCUGUGUUGUGUGUAAAAUUACUAUUGAUGAAAGUUUGAUGAUGUACAAAGGUCAUCUAGGCUGGGUUCAAUACAUCCUAUUGAAAAGAGCUAGAUUUGGUCUAAAAAUAUACCUCUUAUGUGAGUCUAAAUCUGUCUAAAUAUUUCCUUUAACAUAGAUUGUUUCGUCAUUCGUCUUCAAUCUUUUUCUUACUGACAAUUACGAUUUUUGUUUUUUUUUAUGUUCAGAGACAUUCCAUGUCCCUUUAAGUAAUGUGUAGUGCAAUCAACUAAAAUUUGCAGCACUAUCGAAGAAAAAAUAAUGAACUUAAUUGAAUAGUGAAACGCUGUUUCAAAAGUAACAAAACACAAAAACUUAUCUUUAUAAUAUGUUGAGUUCUAUUUUGACAUUAAUUAAAUUAAUUAAAAUCUACAAACGAAACAAUAAUAUUACGAUAUGGUAGUCUUGAUUUACUAAACACAAUCUGCAAAAUUCGUUUCAUUUCAACAUUUAAUUAUACUCCUUAAAUUUGCUGGUAUGUGUUUCAAAGUUGCAGAACAUUUAAAAUUAUUAUUGCAGGUACCUAAUUAAAACGAGGAAUCAUCCAAUUUAUCACUCAAAUUAAUAAAAAAUGUGUUAAAAUUGCAGAAUAUUUAAAAUUAUUAUUGCUUUUAGGUAUGUAGUUAAAACCAGGGAUCAUCCAAUUUAUCAUCAAAUUAACAAAAAAUGUGUAUUUACAAUUAACUGUGACUUAAACAACAAAUUAAAAUUUUCUGAAAAACAAGUGAAGAUAGCAGUCAAUUUGAGUCAAUUUUUGACUUUGCGUCAAUUAUUGUAGUACAGUGGAACCCCGAUAAGUCGGCCCCCGAUAACCCGGAAGUCCGGCUAACCCGGACCGAUUUUCAUCAGACAAAAAUUUAACAAAUAAACAAUUUAACAAUUUUAUCAAAUAAAAAUGUAUGUAGGUCAAAUAAUAUUUGAGAGAUAAUGUGUAUUUGUGUAAUUUGAACACAUAUAAGUAUGUACAACAGUAAAAAUGAUUCAUGCACACGGCGGCAGGCAGAGCGACCGUCUCAGCUUAUCGGAAAGAACAGGCACCUGUCUGUAUUCCUUUUCCGUUAUUUAUGUCAAACUGUCUUAGCAUUGUUUAAAAUAGACGUGACUAUUUAAAAAUUCUUUUUUAAAACAAUGGCCUUAGUCUGUUCUUAAAUAACAACAUUGUUUUAAUCACUUCCGUUCUGUAAUCGUGCUUCAGAUUGUGUUUGCCUGAUUUUUGUCUACGUAAUGGUAACAAAACUGUAAUGUUAACAAAACGUAAAAAUGUUGUGACAAUGGAAAAGAAACUAGAAACAUUAGGUAGGAUUGAUAAAGGCGAAUUUUUAAAAUAAAUUUAUUGCAGCAUCAUAAUAUGAUAUUAUGAUACCAUAGGUCUGGAUCCCGCGUAUGAAAAAAAGUUCAUUAAUAGCAAGCUAAAAAUUUGUUAAUAGCUUAAGGGUGUCUAGUCGGAUAAACUUUGAUAUAUGAGAACACUGGAACAGGGGCAGUUUUAAUUGUGGAACAGGUAAAAAAUCUGGAACGGUCAGAACACGAAAAUGGCACAUUUGUUUUGUCCGACAGAACAGACAUAAACUCUCCGAACAGAGAUUAAACUCUCAUGCAAAAAUCAGACUGCUAUUUAUCACCUGUCAUAAUUCCUGUCAUUUGACAUAUUCUACAUGUUCCACUCAUUAAAACGCCAAUUUGGUGAUAAAUAGCAGUCUGAUUUUUGCAUGAGAGUUUAAUCUCUGUUCGGAGAGUUUAAGUCUGUUCUGUCGGACAAAAUACAUGUGCCGUUUUCGUGGUCUGACCGUUCCAAAUUUUUAGCCUGUUCCACAGUUAAAACUUCCCCUGUUCCAGUGUUCCCAUAUAUUAAUGUUUGUCCGACUAGACACCCUUAAGCUAAUAACAAAUUUUCAGCUUGCUAUUUAUCAACUUUUUUUUCGUACGCGGGAUCCAGACCUACCAUAUUAUGGUGUCGGUACAUCUCUACAGUAUGACUGAGUUUUUUACCAAGAAAUGAACAAAACUCUACACUCUAUACAACUAUACGUAAUUUAGAUGUGUACUGUGCAUAUGUGUUUCAUGUUUUUGUAAUUAUAAUGGAGGUUAUUUAUUAAUUUUUACUAUAUUCUCCGGCUAACCCGGAUUUUCGAUAACCCGGAUCGGCCGCGGUCCCGAUUAAUCCGGGUUAUCGAGGUUCCACUGUAUUUGUGGUAUAAAAUUGUGUGUAUAAAAUUUUAUGAGUUUGUAAGGUUUUACAGUUAAGUUUUGAAUCCAUCUUUUGAAUAUCUACUUCUUAUUGGAUUUGGUAAUAUCCCUCUCUCCUAUCUCACUAUACUUACACAAAGUGAAUCUCUUAAAAAAAUUUGAUAAAUGAGCUCUGAGCUUCAUUUACAAUUUCGUCUUUAAGCUAUUGCGCAUCUCUACCUCGCGUAACUCGAUUUAUGUUAGCCAGGUAGUAAUUCAAUUUAAAAUUUUAAAUCUUCCUGUAUAUAUAUUAUAUUAUUGAUUGUUUUAUAUUUAUAAUACAUAAUUUGUAAAUAAAUAUUUAUUGUAUCUA